UGCACAUUCCUCCAGCAGGUUUCUAGCCCCCGCUCAGCCCUGGCUUCUGCAAGGUCCUCUCUAGUGGCCACAGGCCUCUUGUCACUGCACCUGUCACCCAGCGGGAGCAGCAUCUCCCAGAGCAGCCUGCACACCAGAGACCCAUCCCUCCCCACAACAUGGGGCGCCUACCCCUGGGCAGUGUCUCCCCCUAUGUGAAGAUGAGCUCUGGAGGGAGCAUGGACCCAAUGAAAUUCUAUGCCACCAGCUAUGGCACAGCUUACGGUCAGGAGAAGUUCCAUCCUCGUGUCGGAUGCCAUUCGGGAACUGGGUACAAAUCCAAUUACCUGCCUGUUGUCUACUACAAGUCCAGCCUGGACAGAGUGGAUAACCCAGCCAUGGGGCUUCUCCUGCGGGAUAACUAUGAGUCAGUGACCACCCAGCACUUCCGUCCCCUCCAGGUGCCUGACGGCAAGUGCCCACUGCCUUGGAGCGUCCACCAGGCAGGGAGUGGGUUUGUUCGGGAGAAGCCCAUUUCCUGUCCCACUGUCAAAGCAGUGAAGAAAGUCCACUUUGAUACGCGAGAAGAGGGCGGGCCACAAGGCAUAGCAGGGCUGGAGCCCAGACAUGCCCCCAUCCUCCACAUGCUGCAGGGGAAAGGCUCAGUCGACAGAGAGAAUGCCAGACAUGGACCUCACUACAUGUCCACAGAGUAUAACUCCAAGUUCCGCUUUGAGAUGCCCAGGCAGUCAGAUUUCCUACAAAGGAAGACCAUUGGAGUCAAGGAGGAGACAGGAUUCACUGAGGAGGUCCACCGGAACCUCACUGUACCACAGCCACUGAGGAGUCAGCCUGGCAUCAGCAUCACCAAGACAGACUUCUUACCCUCUACAAUCCCCCACGGUGAUGAAUUCCUACCUGUGCUAGCAAAAGGCUCCAAGCGGGAGACAGGGUUCAGCCGGGGUGCCACAGACCCAAAGGGGACAGUGCCCUCUCUAAGGGUGGAGGACUCUGGUCCCCUGAGCCAUUCCCAUUUCCAGGGGCUCCAGAGGCCUCUGCAGACCCAGACCAAGUUGCUGGGCCGGGAGUACGUGGGAAAAAAGGAGCUUUCGGGGUUCAGUAUCAACAAUGGCAAGUAUGUGACACCUCCUUAUGACCCGGACAUGCCCAACCAGUACCUGACCAGCUACAACUCCAUGUUUUACGAGAAGAUGCUGAAGGGAGUAGACAGAGAAGGAUGGACCUGGGGAGGGAUCCAGCCCCAGCAGCCAGGUGGCUUCACCACUAACAACCACGUCACUGACCUGGGCAGUGACCCCAAUGCCACGGAGACCCUGAGACGGGUCCAUCCCCACGUUGGCAGGGUAAUCACAACAGUGGACCCAUUUUAUCGUGAUAGCCCUCAUGACCAUCGUUUCUCAGCUCUUCACCAAACUGUGGUACCCGAGUAGCUUGAGCUCCAUGCCAGUGUUUGCAGCUGUAGGACUGAUGCUACCUGACUCAGGUGCCCCUGUGCAGUAAUAACACCCCGUGCCUUUUGAGUCCGAUGGACAAGCUGAUCCUUCUACUAUAAAAGGAACCCUGCUUGACUGAGCUGCAAAACUGCCUUCUCCUGGGGGUUGGGUAACAGCAAAGGGAGGAGGCAGUGGCGUAGAAGAGGUUAAUAGACAGUAUAAGACAGCCCUGUGUUUCUGCCUGGUUCUGUUCUAUUGCACAGCUGCAUACACACUGCAUUUCCAUGCUCUCUUUUGAUCAAGUGAUUGAUCUCCUCCCCAGCUCUAACAUGCGGUAGCUAGAUCCUCACAUUCUCAGCCUAACCUAGAUUCAUGCACGCAUUACCUGCAGAAAAUGAAUGCACACAGGAGGGUGGCCUGUUCUCCUACACCUCCUGCUGCGUGUAAGACACACAUGCAGCAGGGUGUCCUUCCACCAUCAGGGUGUAAAGCACAUCCCAGCAGGAUAUCCAUGCACCAGCACAGUAUGAGGUACAUGCACAGUGGGAUAGCCAGGCAGCCAGCACAGUGUGAGGCACACAUAUUACAGGUGUGGUGUGUUGUUUGCACACACUCAUACGCUCUAGGAUUUCCACACUCCAUGCAUGAUGUGUGGUAUGUGCACACAUAUACAUUGUAGGGUCUCCACAUCCCCAGUGCAGCAUGAAACAAGAACACAGCAGUGUGACAUAGGAUGAAGGCCUCUCUUUCGCUGCUCAGUGUCCUAUUGACCGCUCACCUCCUAUGAAUUUAAUACACCUCCUCUCUACCUGUCCUCAGGCUCAAUUUUCUCCCCUCACCUGAUGCUUGCUAUGAUAUGUCUGCACUCUUUUUCCAGCUCUCA